UGGGUUUAUUAUACUAACAAUUUUCACUAGUUUUGAUAAAUAUAUGCAUACAGGUCAUUUAUGGAAGAAAAUACAUUCGUCAUACGACAAAAUGACCAUCUGGCCAAUCAUGUUGUUGCUACAACUUCAUAAAGCUCUGUCCAUUAGUUCACAGGAAUCUUCCCAGAAUUUUCACAGGCUAGGUUAUAAAAAGCAGGGUUCACCAUUUUCUGCAGUUCAAGGCCCUCGCAACAUGACUGACCAAAUUGCUGUGUCAAGUGACAAUCAAGAGCAAAUCUGGAUAUAUCAUAUAUGGAGAAUUUAUUUAUAUGGAAAAGGAGGCACUAGAGGAACGUUUGCUAUCAGUAGUUAUCAGGUGCUAGAGCUACUGGUUGUCCUACUAAUUAUACUCUACAAUCUACCUGGAAGAACAAACUGCUCGCCCCCGCGUCGCCCACGCGCGGGCGACACGGGGGGAAACCCUAGCGCCGCCUCCGCCACUCUCUCCUCCUCUCCCUCCCCUCGCCGCUGCCGGAACGCGCCGCCGGAGAACCGCGCGGCCAGCCGGGAUGGCGGCGGCGAGGCCAACCCCCGACGGCGCCCCGUCUCCGCGCGUGGAUGGCGGGCCGGCGCGUGGUGCAAGGCUGACGACGCGGCGUGGAGACGGUGGAUCCGGCGCCGCUGCGGCCGGAUCUGGCCUCCCCGCGGUUGGAUCCGGCGGAUCCACGCCGGAUCUGGCCGGAGGCGGCGGCGGCUAGCGGCUGGUGGCUGGUGGCUGGCGGCGACGACGAGAGCCGGAGGCUGGUGGCUGGCGGCCGCUGGCGAAGGAGGCCGGUGCAUGCAGAGGAUGCAGUGGCGACGGCGAGGCCACGGUGGCGGAGGCGGUGGAGGAUGGCGCGGGGAGACGCGGCUGGAGGCCGACGCAUGCGGAGGCCGCGGACGGCGAUGCGACUGGAGGCUGCGGAGGCCGGCGCACAUGGAGGCGCGGCUGGAGGCCGGCGUGCGUGGAGGCCGUGGUGGCGGCCGCAGCGGAGGCUCGGCCGAUGACGGCGGAGGGCGACGUGGCACAGCCGGCGACAGGGGACGGCUACAAGGCGCGACGGAUCGGCGGUGGUGAAGCCCGUCGGCGGUGGUGACGGUGAGGCGAUGGCUGCGGUGAGGAGGACGGAGGCGACGGCGAUGCGACCAAGCACCCGUUGACACGGCGGUUUGAUCGAGGCGGCGAUGACGGUCAUGCUGUGAGGGGGGGUGUUGAAGCCUGCGGCGAGCUUCCAUCCAGGCGUCUGCCUUCUUGCGGUGGCGGCUUGCCGCCGAAAGAUGGCCACGCUGGACGGGCGAGUGCGGGGAGAGGGGAUCCAUUCUUCUCUCUCACCUUCUCCCUCUCCAACCCAACCACGUGGAUGGACGUGAAGCGCGGUGAAGGUUGAGACUCUUCUUUGAUGGCCGGACGGUGGCGAGGCGUCGGCGCGGUGGCUACGUGUCAAAGGGAAUUAGAUGGUGGUUCUGCUAAACUGGCAUGCACUUUUUGACGCGGGAGAGUAGAACAACAGGCGAAAGCCUAGCUUUCGGGCCGGCAACGGCGACGCCUACGGGCGCCGUUUUCCCCUUGGGGCAUUGUCGUGUUUUCUAUUUUUCCCAGUGGGUUCUUCAGGUGAAAACCUCGUCCUGGUUACCUAGGACGGACGGUGGCGGCGCUUUUGUCGUCGUUUUCCUUCUUGGAGGCAUCGUUUAGAAGUCCUAUUCCUUUGGGGUGUUGUGUGCUUGUUUUGUUUUAAACAGUAGGAUCAGACGUAGACGCGUGGUGUGGUUGUAUAUUUUCUUUUUCCUGACUACAGUCUCCCAGGACUAUAGGCUUGUAUUUUAUUCCUUCUUUAUCAAUAGAAACGUCGCACUAUCUUGUGCGGGUUGUUUCAAAAUACUC